AUGGAUCAACAAGCAGCAGCAGCAGCAGCAGCAGCAGUAGCAGCAGUAGCAGCAGCACAAAACAACAAUGGUAACAAUAUUAAUAUUAAUAACAAUGUUUUAAUUCCAAGAGUCUUAGAACUCAAUCCUUUAAAGUACAUAGAAAGAUUAUCUACUUUUGACGGUAAGACACAGGACUUACCUAUUUUUAUAAGUAACGUAGAUGACAUAAUUCCAACAUUACUGACAUACAACGAUCAAGGACAAAGAAUGUGUAUUAAUUUAUUAAAGUCCAAAUUCAUUGGUCGAGCUAGGCAAACUAUUGAGAUUCAUUCUCACCUCACUCAAUGGGCCGAUAUAAAGGCUAUCCUAAUUCAAAAUUUCGGGGGAUUCAAAAACAGUUAUCAACUGUAUGAUGACCUCAGAGCAGCACAGUUCAAAGGUGAUGUGCUUAAGUAUUAUAAUUAUAUACAAAGAACUUUAUCUUUGUUAAAUCAAAAAUGUUUACAGCAAAAUAACCAGUUAGACGUUCCUAGAAAUAACGAAACAGCCUUAAAAAUUUUUAAAGAAAAACUUCCUGUUCAUAUGAGAACAAUUUUAUAUUCCCUAAAGCCUUCCAGUAUGGAAGCAGCACUCCACGAAUUAUCAGAAGCAGGUUUUGUAACUCAUAAUUCUGAUUCAAAACCCCAAUCCAAAAAUGAAAGUCCUAAAAAUGAUAGUAAUUUUAGGAAAAAUUCUAAUAACAGAAAUAAUAACCAUAAUUACAAUAAUAAAAAUAACCAAAGACAAAAUAACAAUUAUCAAAGAACUUACGAAAAUAAACAAUAUCCUCAACAAGUUGAACCAAUGGAUAUAGAUCCAAGUUCAUCACAAGUAAGAAGAAUUAACAAAACGAAUUAUAUUAAUAAAAACACUGAACAUACAGAAGCAAAUUUUCGGGAUUCAGCCUCGGAAAUUCACUUCCCUAUAUUAAGAGCAACUAAAAGUCUUUUGCGUGAACAAGAUUCACCAAAGGAAUAUACAAAAUGGCGUACUAAGCCUAUGACAAUACGAACCGCAGGAAAUUCAAUAACUGUAAAUAAAGACGUAAUAAUACCAAAAAAUAAAUUUGCACUAUCAGUGAGAACUGAUUGUGAAUUCCAAGUACAUACCUUCAAUGAAGAGUACAACGGAAUAAUAGGAAAUAAUAUCCUGAUCCCAAACGAUGGGGAGAUUAAUUACAGGAAUAGGACAUUAAAAUUGAACGGCAUAUUCAUUCCAUUUUUCUUCAGCGAAAAUGAAGAGAAAGAAUAUGAAAGCUCAAUCAAUUAUUUUAAUGAUAUUAAACCUGUAGAUUCCAUAUUAAAUAAUACAAUAAUUAAAGAUCUGCGAAUAGAUCAUUUAAAUAAAGAGGAAAAACAAAAAUUAUUCAAAGCAAUAAAAGAAUGUGAUGGAGCAUUCUAUAAAAAAGGUGAUGAUUUGACAUUUACUAAUCAUGUAAAACAUAACAUCCCUACGGAGGAUAACUCUCCAAUUUACACAAGGAUAUACAGAUAUCCUGAAAUCCACAAAAAGGAAGUGGAUAGGCAAAUAAAAGAAAUGCUCGAAUCAAAAAUAAUUCGGCAUUCAACUUCGCCUUAUAACGCCCCAAUCUGGGUCGUACCUAAAAAAGAAGACCACGCUGGAAAUAAGGAGUGGCGUAUAGUCAUUGACUAUAGAAAAUUAAAUAAUAAAACAAAAGAAGAUAAAUAUCCCAUUCCAAACAUGAACUCAAUAUUAGAUAAAUUAGGACAUGCAGUAUAUUUCACUACAUUAGAUCUAACAAAAGGUUUCUAUCAAAUAGAAGUAGAACCUAAAGACAGAGAAAAAACAGCAUUUAGUACUUUAUCGGGACACUAUGAGUUUAUUAGGAUGCCAUUCGGUUUAAAGAAUGCACCCGCAACCUUUCAGAGACUUAUGAAUGAGCCUACAAGAGCAUAUGGAUUCACUCCAUAA